AUGGCCCCAAUCACAUAUUCAUCGGUACAGGGAAUUCCUUUGGCCUACGCAUCCUGCUCCAUUGGCUGCCGACCAAGCGACACACUUCCCCGUAAACUCGAAGCAAUCAGCAAGGCAGGCUUCACUUCUAUCGAGCUCUCAUUCCCUGAUAUCAUCGAUCAUGGAACCCAUCUACUCGGCCAUCCGAUUCAACCUGACAACUACACUGAGCUCCUCAGCAUAGCAUCCGAGAUCCGCAAACUCUGCGAUGGCAACUCGUUAGGCAUCAUGAUGUUGCAGCCCUUUGCUAACUUUGAGGGGUGGCCGAAGGGUUCGCCGGAGCGGGAAGAUGCGUUUUCCAGAGCAAAGGGGUGGAUUGAGAUUAUGAGAACUCUCGGUACGGAUCUACUGCAGGUUGGGGCGACAGAUACACCUUCCCAUAAAAUCUCCACCAACCACGCAGACAUCGUUGCCGACCUGCGCGAACUAGCCCUAAUGCUCCAGAAAGAAGACUUCCGCAUGGCCUAUGAGAAUUGGUGCUGGGCCACCCACGCACCAGGUUGGAAAGGCGCGUGGAACAUCGUGCGCGAUGUAAACCGUCCCAAUGUCGGCCUGUGUCUGGAUACUUUCCAAACUGCCGGAAGCGAGUUCGGUGAUCCGACCGCGGCGUCGGGUUUGAUAGAAAAUAUUUCGCAGGAGAAAUUGCGCGAAAGGUUCGAUGCAAGUAUGGAUGAACUGGCGGCGUCUAUUCCCGCGGAAAAGAUCUAUUUGCUUCAGAUUUCGGACGCGUAUAAGGUUUCACCACCGCUGGAGGACAAGGUUAUUGGCGGCUUAAGAGCACGGGGAAGGUGGAGUCAUGAUUAUCGACCCAUGCCGUAUGAUGGGGGAUACUUGCCCAUUGAGGAUGUGGCCAAGGCAGUGCUAAAGACGGGGUUCCGGGGCUGGUUUUCCAUGGAGAUUUUCGAUGCGGGGCCGGACGGGAAGGGGAAGAAGUAUGAGAUGGAUGACUUUGCAAAGAAGGCGAUGGCUAAUAUGCAGAGGCUGUUGAAGAACUGCGCCGAUAAUUAG